CUCCUACCUCCCGGCAGCCUCGCCAGGCCCAGAACUCUCUCCAGUCAGCCUCUACAGACCAAGCUCAUGACUCACAAUGGCCUAUUUAGGCCCAUACCCUACCUCACGGCAGUCUCCGCAGAUGAGCCUACUGCCUCACAACAGCCUCCACAGGCACAGCUCCAUCGUUCCAAUGGCCUCUUUAGACCCAGCUCCUGCCGCCCAGCCUUGUCUCCAGGCCCUGAACUUUCUCCGUGGGACCAUCCAGUUUCAGGAAAACAAGCUUAACACGCCCACUGAUUCUACAUUAUGCUCCUACCUCCCGGCAGCCUGGCCAGGCCCAGAACUCUCUCCAGUCAGCCUCUACAGACCAAGCUCAUGACUCACAAUGGCCUAUUUAGGCCCAUACCCUACCUCACGGCAGUCUCCGCAGAUGAGCCUACUGCCUCACAACAGCCUCCACAGGCACAGCUCCAUCGUUCCAAUGGCCUCUUUAGACCCAGCUCCUGCCUCCCAGCCUUCUCUCCAGGCCCUGAACUUUCUCCGUGGGACCAUCCAGUUUCAGGAAAACAAGCUUAACACGCCCACUGAUUCUACAUUAUGCAGAUUCUUCAGGCCCAGCAUCUGCCUCACUGUGGACCCCCCAAGCCAAGCUCCCAACCUUUCAGCAGCUUCUACACACCCAGCUCCCACCUGCCAGUGGCCUCUUCAGGCCCAUGGGGCUCAUUCCUCACAACAGCCUUUCCAGUCCCAGUUUUUCCCUUCCGGCGGCCUCUCCGGGCUGAGAACCUCCUCAAGUCGGCCUCUCCAGACUCACUUGCACCCUCCAGGCGUCCUCUCCGGGCCAAGCUCCUCUUCCUGGCUGCGUCUCCAGGCCCGACUCCUGCCUCUCAACAACCUCUUUGGACUCAGUGCCUACCCAUCUCCUGGCGUCCUUGGUCGGCCCACAGCUUCCUCAAGCCAAGCUCCCCAGGCCCAGGUCAGGCCUCACGGUGCCCCCUCCACGAUGAGCUCCUGCCCUCCAAUGGCACCUGCAGGACCCAAAUGGUCUCCGGUCGGUGGGCUCCUCCACGCCAAGCUUGGGCCUCCCGGUGACCUCUGCAGGCCCAAGUUGUCCUGAAGUCGGCAUCUCCCAGCCAUGCCUCCCAGCAAGUAAGCAAGCUCUUUUGGCUCAACUCCUGCCCAGCUCCCAACCGCCUUUGUAGGUCCCGAACUUUCUCCAGCCAAGUUCUUUGGGCCUCAUUCCUGCCGCCCGGUGGCCUGUACGGGCCCAGCAAUGGUUGGAGAACGGCCUCUGCAGGUCCCGCUCUUGCCUCCCAGGGGCCUCUCCAGGCCCAGCUCUUGCCCCCACGGCGGCC